AUGCAUCCUGAAGAAGGUAUUAUCAGCUCUUAUUCUCACCUUUGGUGUAUGGGUAAGACAGAUCUUACAAACCUUGUAGUAUAUUGUGCGGCCAAUAAUAAUGAAACGGCGGAGCGAAUGAGAAUAGCGCACUUUAUCUUAUGUGGUAUUGACAUAUUUUCAUUGGUUGGUAUGACACUAUUGUACGUAUUCAAUGUCGCUGCUAUGAAGAGGAAUUUCUCCGAUCUGCAAUCCUCUUAUCAACUGCGUGAGAACGACAGCGUGUUUCGACUUCUUCUUCCUUUGGUGGUUUUUAAUGGAACCUGCCAUCUAACCUCCUCGAUAUCUACUGGAGUGCUCAUAACAUUUAGAGAACACUUUUCCUAUGUGACGUACAGAACGUUUUUGGGAUCCACUUACACCGUUCCGUACUUCACUUUGGUGUCGCCAUUUCUGCUGUGGUUUAUUAUUAGGAAGUCGAAGCGAAUCCGUGUGGAGAAGCUGAAGAUGCUUGGACGACACCCAGGCAACGAAAGGGACUUAUACUUCAGGGUAUACAGUAGAAUGUGGAAUAAGUGA